AUGCAUAAAAGAACUGCAAAAUGUUUAUCACCGGAGCAUUUGAGAUUCUUCUCCCUGGUGUAUGUUGUCAGCUUGGCUCAAACUUAUGAAAACUCUACAGAUUUGGAUGUUUCUUAUGUGGAUAUUGCAGAGAACUCAUCCCAAGUGCUCACCAAGCAGAGCAGGAAGUCAGAGCACAGAGUUCCCUCCUCAUGUGGGGAACAUCUCUCAGUAUUACUGGCACAAGAGAUAUUUGGGGUACACAGACAUCUGUGCUCCGACAGCUUGAAGCUGAAGACUUUUUUUUUUUUUUUUUUUUUUAGUGUGGUAACAAGAAAUUUGUAUCAGCUUCUCUUUAGGGAAUAUCGUGACUAUCACGGUUUCUAA